CGGUUCAAGAUCGGGUUUGGUUACAUAUAAAUAGAUUUAAACAACCACACACACAUAAUCGGGCUCAGAGAGCGAUAAAGUAGAGGACAAGUACAAGGGAAACCCGACUUGGUCAAGUGGUUUUUCUGAAGCACCUUACCGGAACUUUAGCGAGAAAGGAGAACGAGAGAGUUUUUUUUCUUUCUUACGAGUAGAACAUGGCGCCUGGAGGAAGAGGUGCUACUGCUUCUACUGCUGCUGCUGCUGCUGCUGCUGGAGGACUCGUUGCUGAGUCACUUGCUCAAGAUAUCCAUCUAAUUUCACCUACGAUUGACGUUAUUACCUCACCUUCUAAUGUUUCGCCUUUCAACCCCAACUCAAAGUCCACGUCUUCAACGAAUCCUCCUCCCGACUCAACUGCCUCCCCAAAUAAUAUCGACAAUAAUAACACGACGUCAUUAACAUCGACAUCGACAUCGACAUCGAGUAACAAUAACAUGGGUGGCACAAACUCGAAUUCGAACUCGGGAUUGUUCGUGGUCGAUAAGAGCAAGAUUCCAAGACCUUACAAGUGUCCGUUGUGCGAUCGGGCGUUCUAUCGGUUGGAGCACCAGGUAUGUGGGGACCUGCUUCCUUUUAAUUUUUUCAAUCUUUUGGAUUUGGGAGGGGGUUGGUUAGUUGUUCCUCCCCCUUCUUUCUUUUAGGCGCCCAUUGGUUUGAUGGCGCCUUUAUGGUCAUCCAUUUGGCGCUCGUAUACAGAGCGCGCGCCAGGAGCCACUUCUUCUUCUUUUUUUUUUUUACUGAUAUGCUUUGUCACCGCUGUUCGAGACAUAUAUGACUGACUGGAUUGACCUUUUUUUCUAUAUACAUCUAUAUCUUUGAUGACCCUUCUGGCGCUCGUUCUUGGGCGUUCUUUGAUCUGAUGUGUGAUCUUGUCUCUUGUCUUUUGGCUUGGACACUCUUCCUCGCUUCUCGUGUGUGGGG